AUGCUUAAUUCAGCAUUUCGGAAAGGUAAAAUCUUGAAAUCUGCCAAAAUCUUGAAUUCAGGAUAUUGGAAAGCUAAGAUCGUGACAUCGGCCAAAAUCUUGAAUUCAGGAUUUUUGAAAGCUAAAAUCUUGAAAUCGGCCAAAAUCUCGAAUUCAGGAUUUUGAAAAGCUAAGAUCUUGAAAUCGCCCAAAAUCUUGAAUUUAGGAUUUGGAAAGCUAAGAUCUUCAAAUCAUGCAAAAUCUUGAAUUCACGAUUUUGGAAAGGUAAAAUCUUCAAAUCGGACAAAAUCUUGAAUUCACGAUUUUUGAAAGCUAAGGUCUCGAAAUCGGUUACAAUCUUAAAUUAAGGAUUUUUGAAAGCUAAAAUCUUGAAAUCGGCCACAAUCUUAAAUUCAGGAUUUUUGAAAGCUAAGAUCUUGACAUUGGCUAUAAUCUUAAAUUCUGGGUUCUGAAAAGGUAAAGUCUUGGAAUCCGCCAAAAUCUUGAAUUCAGGAUUUUCGUAAGCUAAUAUGUUGAAAUCGGCUAAAAUCUUAAAUUUAAGGAUUUUGGAAAGCUAAGAUCUUGAAAUCGACCAAAGUGUUGAACUGACAAUUUGGAAAGCUAAGAUCUUAAAAUCGCCCAAAAUCUUGAAUUCACUAUUUUGGAAACGUAAAAUCUUCAAAUCGGCCAUAACCUUCAAUUCACGAUUUUUGAAAGCUAAAAUCUUGAAAUCGGCCAAAAUCUUGAAUUCAGGAUUUUGGAAAGCUAACAUCUUGAAAUCGGUAAAAAUCUUGAAUUCACGAUUUUUCAAAGCUAAAAUCUUGAAAUCGGCCAAAAUCUUGAAUUCACGAUUUUUGAAAGCUAAGAUCUUGAAAUCACUCAGAAUCUUAAAUUAAGGAUUUUUGAAAGCUAAAAUCUUGAAAUUGGCCAGAAUCUUAAAUUCAGUAUUUUGGAAAGCUAAGAUCUUGACAUCGGCCAAAAUGUUAAAUUCAGGGUUCUGGAAAGGUAAAAUUUUGGAAUCCGCCAAAAAUCUAGAGUUUAGGAUUUUGGAAAGCAAAGUAAUAGAAAUCGGCCACAAUCUUGAAUUCAGGAUUUUGGAAAGCUAAAAGUUUGAAAUCGGCCAAAAUCUUGAAUUCAGGAUGUUGGAAAGCUUAAAUCUCGAAAUCGGCCAAAAUCUUGAAUUCAGGAUUGGGGAAAGCCAAGAUCUUGAAAUCGGCCUAAGUCUUGAAUUCAGGAUUUUGGAAAGCUUUAAUCUUGAAAUCGGUAAAAAUCUUUAAAUCUUCCAAAAUCUUGAAUUCAGGAUUUUGGAAAGCAAAGAUCUUGAAAUCGGCCAAAAUCUUGAAUUCACGAUUUUGGAAAGCUCAGCUCUUAAAAUCGGCCAAGUUCUUGAAUUGAGGACUUGGAAAAACUAAGAUCUUGAAAUCGGCUAAAUUCUUGAAUUUACUAAUUUUGGAAAGGUAAAAUCUUAUAAUCGGCCAAAAUGCUUAAUUCAGCAUUUCGGAAAGGUAAAAUCUUGAAAUCUGCCAAAAUCUUCAAUUCAGGAUAUUGGAAAGCUAAGAUCUUGACAUCGCAGAAAAUCUUGAAUUCACGAUUUUUGAAAGCUCAAAUCUUGAUAUCGGCACAAAUCUUGAAUUCAGGAUUUUGGAAAGCUAAGAUCUUGAAUUCGGCCAAAAUCUUUAAUUCAGGAUUUUGGAAAGCUAGGAUCUUGAAAUCGGCCCAAAUCUUGAAUUAAUGAUUUUCGAAUGCUAAGAUCUUAAAAUCGGCCAAUAUCCUGAAUUCAGGAUUUUUUAAAACUAAAAUCUUGAAAUCGCCCAGAUCUUGAAUUCAGGAUUUUCGAAAGCUUAGCUCUUAAAGUCGGCCAAAAUGUUGAAUUCAGGAUUUUUGAAAACUAAAAUCUUGAAAUUGGCACAAAUCUUGAAUUCAGGAUUUUGGAAAGCUAAGAUCUUGAAAUCGGCCCAAAUCUUGAAUUCAUGAUUCUCGAAUGCUAAGAUCUUAAAAUCGGCCAAUAUCCUGAAUUCAGGAUUUUUUAAAACUAAAAUCUUGAAAUCGCCCAAAUCUUGAAUUCAGGAUUUUCGAAAGCUUAGCUCUUAAAAUCGGCCAAAAUCUUGAAUUCAGGAUUUUGGAAAGCUAAGAUCUUGAAAUCGGCCAAAAUCUUGAAUAAAGCAUUUUGAAAAGGUAAAAUCUUGAAAACCGCCAAAAUCUUGAAUUCUGGAUUCUGGAAAGCUAAAAUCUUGAAAUCGACCAAAAUCUUGAAUUCGGGAUUUUGGAAAGCUAAGAUACUAAAAUUGGCCAAAAACUUGAAUCCAGGAUUUUUAAAAGCUAAGAGCUUGAAAUCACCCAAACUCUUGAAUUCAGGAUUUUGGAAAGCUAAGAUA